AUGCCAGUGCGUGAUGUUUGGACGCCCGGUUGCACGAGGAUUGGUAAAUACUGGCGCAGCAAAACCCUAGGAGAGAUUCUUGUCCACAUGUAUAUCGGACACGACAAGAGAUUUCUCGGUGCUUUCAGAUUAUGCGACAUUCGUUUUCAUCUCCACCAAUCUCUGCUCUUGGCCAAGAACCCGAAAACACACCAAGUUGAGGUUUGGUUUAAGAGCAUGUGCACUGUCAGAGAGUACGAACGAUUAUGCGAAUCCAGUCCGACAAAUAAAGUACUGAGUACCGGCUGGGUCGAGGGCUUCAGCGAGACCAACGAAAAUCUGUUCCAUCUGGCAGAGGAUCUGCGAAAGGAUGACCUCAUCGCCAUUCACUAUCCUCUGGGGCAAACAUAUGGACCAGGAACUGUUUGGGUUGCCUGGUCACGUGGAUCACAGGAGUUUAAGUUCCCACCUUCUGAUCAUGAAGUACCACCCGGCGUUCCUCUACUUAUUGCUGUUCGCACUAUGCUCGCACCGAUCGAAGUUCUAGGGGCAAGUGGACCUAGCCAGCCUAGUGGACGCCCUCGUGGCCCUUUGCGAGAUAUAGCACUUCCACUGCGCAUCGAUCCGCCUAGUUCAGAUGAUGGCAUAGAGUCUAGCAGUUCCCUAAGACGGUCGAACUCCCAUCAAAGUAUGAUGACAAUUGGGUCCUUGCAAUCGCGGGAAAGGCCAGCGUUAGCGCCGGCCCAAAACCUUUCAGUCGCAAAUGAACCCAGAGAUGAUUCAAUUUACGCUAACCCCCUACCCCAAGAUAACCUCGCGGUUCAAGCAGAUCAGGCAGGCCUCCAAGCGGUUGAAGAGUUCAUGAAAACCAUCAAAAUCAAUGUGGAAGAACUUGCGACAAUCGAGGAAGGUGGGAAGCUUUCAAAGGCAGGUAUUUUCUAUUUGCACUUUCCCUCGGGCAAUCAAGAAAUACAAGAUGAAUUGCAGCUUCUGCAUGGAUACCUGAAAUUCCAUGAAAUGAUUGUUCUCACAAGCGACAGCCCCGGAGAUUGGGCAAAAUUUGUUCAAAACAGCAGACAGGGAGUGGCGAUAUUUCACGAAUCAUUCGCCGCAUACGAUACGUUGCAGCCUCCACUCAAUUCUUUUCUUCCUAGCAAUUCGUUCAAUUUAUGGAUUGUUCGCAUUGUCAGACCACUAGAAUUAGUUGAUCCCUGUUAUUGCUCACCGAAUGCCCACCAUCUACGCAUCUUUCCAUAUGGCGGUGUUAUACUUCUCACCGAGGACGUAUUGACAGACCUAAAAGGGGUGGCCGUCACGCUCCAAUGGCUUCGGAAUGCAAACAGGCGCAAACGCAAAUCUUGGACGUUGAUGUUGUCCCCCAGGAUACUUGAAUGGAUCGAAUGCAGGCUCGAUGAUGAAAAUCACUCUCAGGAUCAUGGACUCCUGUUGCUCAUCCACACGUUGAUCAUAAAGAAUAACGUCUCAGACCCUCGUACAGCCUUGUUCGAUAAAGCCAGUCUACAUCCCAACUCGAAAAGCAGUGUCAUAACACCCUUUCUUGAUGAAUACGGUACUCGCACAGAGCACCACAACCUCAAAAUCAAGGACAAAGUUGAACGUGAUGCAGAUCAUCUGAUCGAAUUCUUUGCAGGGUGGUCAUUAAUUAACAUUCCACAUUUCCGGAACUUCGUCGCCGUCACAUCUCUCAUUGCUCCCGCUGGGGCACGAUGGGACAAAUGGGGUCAUAUGACUGUCAUGCGAGGUGGUUUCGACCAUUUCUUCAAACGGUUCAAAGUGGACACGGGGGGGAUUAUGGCCUACCUGUUAGGGCCAAGUAGUCAUAAGCCACGGGCUUCUACCGGCCAAGUAGUUACCCCGAUGAGCGCGACCACCCCCCAGACUCCUAAUUGGACAUCUCACAACUCCAACGCCUCUAUCCAAGCUACCUUCCCCGGCAGCCCAAACAGCAACGACAAGAAUAAGUACCCUGCUCCCUACAAGUGA